AUGACUCGACGAGGCGAAUUAAAAGCUCUCCGUGCAGCUCCUCCACUUGCUGUUCUCCUUCUUUUCUUUGUUUUCAUCGCCAUUGGCUGUCGUGUCCAAUGUGCUGCCAAUCUUUUGGAACCACCAAUGACCUCGAUGAUAACAUCUCUGUCAUCAACCUCAUCCUCAACAACAUCAUCAACAACAACAUCUUCAACAUCGAAUGUCUUUGGAUUCAAUUACACCAUCUCCACUGCCAAUGUUACCAUACUGACCUAUGAUUUGACCUCUCCAGCCAAUACGAAAAUUCGAUUGGUUUUCCAUUCUCCAAAUCUCUCUUCCCAAUUUGUUCCCUAUCAAGUCAUGACAUUGAAAUUACCUAAAUCUGACUUUCAAUACUUUCCAAAACCUUACAAUCCAUUGGAAUUGACUUUGUUGGGAGUUUAUCAAGUCAAUAUUUAUCCAACUAAUAUGAAUAGUAUUGACAAGAACAACGUGACCAUGGAUAGUCUUUUUAUAUUCCCACAGGGUAUUGUUAAUACGUAUGCAUCUUCUGUGGUUCAAUAUCUCUUUGAGAACUCUCAAUUUGUUCAAAUAUCCAACACUUAUUCAUCUCCAUUAGGAAUGAAUGCCUUCACUUUGAAUAAUUUGACACAAACCUCAGUGACUUUUGGAGUAUUUGGUUAUCAAAUGACACCUCGAAUGGAUUCGAGUGUUACAGUGACAGGUCCAAGUAUCUUUCAAUAUACACUCGAUUCGAGUCGACAACAAUAUUUCACACUGACAUUUCCUUAUCAAGUUUUGGCACAAGACACUUCUCCUUACUUUACUUUGAGUGAUUACUACCUCGGAAGUAGUUAUUCUUCUUCCUACUUACCUUCUGGAUAUGUCGCUUUGAAAUCAUUUACUUAUUCCCUUUCAAGAAGUCCUCCAAACACUCUUGGACAAGAAUUUAUUUUCAACUUUGAUCCAUUCUAUGGUUUCACCGAUUCGAAUGGUAAAUCAAUUUCCAUUCUGAAAUCCACGUUGACCUGUGCAUGUGCCUCUUCUUCCUAUUCCAAGUACAACAUUUUGUACAAUAGUGUGACAUCGAGUGGUCAAUUGACUUGUACUCCUAAUGGAGUAGCAUGUAACUAUUUGGUCAUUAUUGCCAAGCCAACGGUGACACCAUCGCCAUCACCAUCUUCACCAAGUAGCAGCAUUACUCGUCUUCCACUUGGCGGUAGUAUUUCUUCCUAUGUGGAUUCCAAUUCAGGACAAAAAUAUUUUAAGGUUUCCAUGUAUUCACAAACGACAGUGAAAUUGUCGAUUUAUUCCACUUCUGGAUAUGGUUUCAUGAAAGUUAAAAAAGAUUCUCUUCCAAGCAGUACCGAUUACGAUCAAUUCGAAAUUGUGAAUUCCUUUACAAGCUCACUCACUGUGACCAAUUAUUUGUAUACCUCGAGAGAACUUUACAUUAUGGUUUAUCCUUCUUCGAGUAGUAUGAGUUUUACGAUUAGUGCCACUUCACAUAGUAUUUAUGACACGUCUUUGUACCCUGCAGUGGUGACUGGAAUUGUUUUUGCAUGUCUUUUUACCUUAUUUUCAUUAAUUGCAAUUAUUACUAUUGUUUAUACCAUUUCCAAGCACAAGAAUAGACAAUAUGUGUAA